UAUGCUACUAGCUACUUUAUAUGAUAAUACUUGAUACCACUUUGAACUACAGUAAAUCAAAAUGAAGUGGUGGUUUGGGCCGUUAAAUAUUGUUUCUGCUAUGAUUUGUGUAUCGCUCGCCUUUGUAUAUUUAUUAGUACCACGUAACCUAGGCUUUUAAUAAUGUCCGACGACUCAUCAUCAUCAGAGGAUGAAGAGCCUGAAGUUGUAACACGGGUCGAGUGGCACGCAAGACCUCCGUUAAGAGUGAGGGAGUUUGAUGAACCUCCAGCGGACAUAGUCUACUCAGAAACAGAGACGAAGACAUGUUCAACAAAACGAGAAUGUAUCAAGAUUAUACAGGAAAUACAGAACUACCAGAUGGAUGUCAGGGGCUUGCCGGAUAUACAGUACAACUUUCUAGUUGGAGGAGAUGGAAAUGUUUAUGAAGGAAGGGGGUGGAAUUAUAUUGGACAAGUUAGCCCUCAACAGCACAGCCUUCCGCCCGAAGUAAAGGAUAAGGUUAUUGAAGUUGGGUUCAUUGGUGAUUUCUCAGAAAAAGCACCACCGAAACACAUGGUUAAAGUUGCUUCAGGCUUGUUAAUGGCUGGCGUAAACAGCAACAAACUGAUCCUUCGGGAACAUAAAGAUCACAUGUUAACGGAAGAGGAAGUAGAAGCUUUGAAGAAAAAGAAUACGGUAGUGGUAAGGGGAUAUGGAAACGAGCAUGACAUGCUUACUACUCUUCUUAAUCAGAAAACGGAAAAAAAUGAAAAAGAAACUAGUGAAAAGAAUGAAUCAAAGACAAAAAAACAAUAGCUUAACAGAAGUAAACUUAAAAGAAAUAAUAAACUAGCAUUAGUUAGUUGUAACAAUGUUUAGGUAUUUUUGCUCCUAAAUGAAAUUAAAUUUUUAAAAUUAAUUCAAAGCAGUUACUUGAUCUUAUGAUUUGAUUAGUUUAUGUAUUUUUGUGGCCUACUUCCAUUGCAAAUAAAUAAGAUUUGUCCCGGAUUUAUUUACAGAUACUAGUACAUUUGUUUGGUUUGUUUGGUUCUUAAAAUCAAUAUUCUACAAUUAUUAAUAUACUACAAUGCACUACAAUU